UUAUCGAGCUUUCGGAAAUGGGAGCACUGACGAUUUCUGGCAAGCACUAACAGCGCAAGCGAAACGUCAAGGACUGAACCUCAAUGUCAAGGAAAUUAUGGAUACUUGGGUGCUUCAGAAAAACUAUCCUGUGGUCACGGUGACACGAGAUGUGAAUGACCACAAAAUGAUACAAGUUACCCAAGAGCGCUUCCUGCUACAAGAUGUCGUAUAUCCUGACAAACAUGAUUCGCCAUUCAAUUAUCGAUGGACUAUUCCACUGACCUUCACCUCCAGCUCAAGUCCUAAUUUCUCAUUCCCGGUCUCAAGUAAAAUUUACUGGUUGCAUAAGGAUGAGCAUACAAAAACGUUUAGUUCUGUGAUGCAACUCUCCGACUGUGGGGCAUCCGAUAGUUGGAUUCUGGCCAACGUCCAUCAGUUGUUCUACUACCGGGUCAACUACGACAAGGGCAACUGGCUGGCCUUGAGCAAACAGUUAAAGACGAAUCACUCUAUAAUUCGUCCUAUAAACAGGGCGCAGAUAAUCAAUGAUGCGUGGAGCCUGGCUAGGGCUCAAUAUAUUGAACUAGAGACAGCCCUGUCAACUCUUGAGUACUUGCACAACGAACGAGACUACCUUCCCUGGGUAACAGCUCUAAAGCAACUUCGGUAUAUUGGAUUAAUGCUGAUAGAUUUUCCAGCACUGCGUGAGUUUGAAGAGGCAAGUAUUUUAUCUCUUGUUCGCGGU